UCAACUCCGCUCCGCUCUGCACACAUGGUCGACAGAUCUAUUUGCAGAGCGAGCUGCAGUGAGAAGCUUUGUCCUCCUAGGGGUUUUCGAGCUCUGUUUUGCUUCGCCCUCCAUAAUUCGUUAACGGUGAACAAUGUAGCAGCCGACGACCGCGACGUUUCAUCACCGGGAGGACAUUUAAAACGAACCCCCACCGGGACCGCUCGUUGAACGGAUGUUAAAUCUCAUAAUUUAAUUGGAGGUCAUUUAAACCCGAACUCUCCCUUCUCAUUGGGAUCUAGAAAAGAGAAUAUUUGAUUCGUGGAUAUUUUUUAUCGAACAAAUCUAACCGUAAUGUAACGGCAUUUUUUAGAGUGGUAAGCGGUCUUUCUAAGAGUGGGUGUCGGUUAUUUUUCGGCUGAGAUGUGAGAGAGUUGUCGUGAUUUCUGCUGCAGUCCCGCUGUUUUAGCCUACAUCGGCUGUAUAAGGAACAAUAGCUUCCUAUCUGUGGAUGAACAGGGAGUUUGGUGGUGCCACCGCUAGGUUUCUAAGGAGAAGUGUUCACAUUGCAAAAUGAGACUUGGCUACAUUCACACAUAGUUUGGAGCAGAAUAUGGAUUUUUUUUCUCUCGUCCUGGCUAAGAGUUGGGAAUGCGGUAAUGGAGAACCGGAAUAAUCCAAUAUAGCCUAACCGCUCGUGGCUGGAAGAAACGAAUAGACGACCCGUGGGAACGAGAAUGUUGGCGGUCCUGGAAAUUGUAGCCUGCAACACCGUAAAUCAAUCAACGACCGACUGAGUAAACGAAUUAUUGCUGAUUUGACCGUGGCGUCGGUCGACGGUAGCCUACCCUAGAACAAACCGUCAAUAACGGAUAAUCGAUAUUUGUAUUGAUGACGGAAUCACAUCGAUGAUAACAACCCACUCGGCGCACUACACUACGCGUUCAGAAGAGAAGCAUAGCCUGUGCGUGGGCGUUGUAAGCAGUGUUGUUGACCGAAGAGGACACAUAUUUCGGGCUGACAGAUUGGCAGUGACACCGGCGGGUCUGUGCGUGUGAGAGGAUGGCAGCGGUAGUAAACUACUCUCCCCCAUGGUGGGUCAACCUGCUCCACCGCCUCCCCCACUUCAACCUGCAGUUUGAGACGGUCAGCAGCGACUUCAGACCCGAGGACUCAGAGUACCAGAAGUCGGUGCUGUUGCUAGGCGGACUAGCGUUGGUUUGUCUGGCUCUGGAUCUCCUCUUCCUCCUCUUCUACUCUUUCUGGCUGUGCUGCCGACGACGCAAGACCCACGACGACACACGUUCUCACUCACACACACACCAGCCCCCCAACCCUGACUGCUGUUGUACAGCCUGGUGUGUCAUCAUCGCCACGCUCGUCUGCAGUGCCGGCAUCGCCGUGGGUUUCUAUGGAAAUGGGGAGUCAUGUGAUGGAGCCAACCGCCUGGCGUAUUCUCUACGGCACGCCAACCGCACCGUGGCAGGGGUCGACAAACUGGUGACGGACAGCGCCCUGUCUCUGAACCAGACAGUGGAGGGAGGUCUGGUCCAGUUGGAGACGGUCUACUCUGAACAGACUGACUACGUGUCCAUCGUCCAGAAGCUCCAGGGUCAGCUGGAUGAGCUGGUCAGACUCAUGGUGGACAUCCCCUUCUGGAGUAACUCUGAGAUCUCCCUAGAAGACCUGGCCUUCAAGACUGACGCCUUUGAUUGGUACAGGUGGCUGGUAUACCUGACUCUGCUGCUGUUUGAUGUUCUGAUCUGUCUGCUGGUUCUGUUCGGACUGAUACGCAACUCUAAAGGCACUCUGAUUGGGGUGUGUUUGUUGGGUGUUCUGACUCUCAUCAUCAGCUGGGGGUCUCUGGGACUGGAGCUGGCAGCUGCCGCGACGGCCAGCGACUUCUGUGUUUCCCCGGAUACCUACAUCACCAGGGUAACCAAGGAGAACGCUGUCAUCAACCAAGAUAUCCUGCAGUAUUACCUGAGGUGCAGCAGUGGCCAAUCAAAUCCUUUCCAGCAUAAGCUGUCUGGCAGUCACAAAGCCCUGGUUGAGAUGCAAGAUGACGUGGCAGAACUCCUACAGUCAGCUAUACGGGAUUACCCCAACACCAAGGGGACUCUGGAACAGAUUCAGACUGUGUUGAACUCUACGGAGGUUGGCCUUCAUCAACUCACCGCUCUGGUCGACUGUCGCAGCCUGCACAUGGACUAUGUCCAGGCUCUAACAGGGUUGUGUUAUGAUGGAGUGGAGGGCCUGAUCUACCUGGUGCUGUUCUCCUUCGUCACAGCUCUCAUGUUCUCCUCCAUCGUCUGCAGUGUGCCACACACCUGGCAGAGCAAGAGGACGGAUGAUGAGGAUGGAGAAGACGAGUCUGCUGCCCAAGGCAAUCGGGGGGCGGGUCCUCAUGAUAACCUGUACCGCGUGCACAUGCCCAGCCUCUACAGCUGUGGUAGCAGCUACGGCAGCGAAGCUAGCAUCCCUGCUACGGCCCACACUGUCAGCAAUGCCCCUGUCACUGAGUACAUGACCCAGAACGCAAACUUUCAGACCCCCAGGUGUGAGAACACGCCUCUGAUUGGCAGGGAAUCCCCUCCACCCUCUUACACCUCGAGUAUGAGGGCCAAGUAUCUGGCCACCAGUGGACCGGACCAGAACCGACGGUCAGUCCCCAAUGACCAGUUGGACCCAGCCAGCCGACCACAUCCCCUCGCCAGACCACAGUCAUCUGUCCACUAGAACCUCCCAGAACCUACCAAAACCUACUAGAACCUAUUAUAACCUACCAGAAUCUUCUAGACAGAACUCAUCAACCACAAAAGAACGGGAACAAACCAGGACCAAUUUUUCAUUCCACUAAAGAACCACAACCCACUAGAACCACCAACUCCUUAGAACCUGUUGACACAGUAGUCCACGUAUAGAACCAGAACCACUAAGAAUCACAACCACCUCCUCAGCCCAUAGGAACCACAAAAAUAAUACUUCUCAGAUUCACCUGAACAGACCACAGUGGGUUGAAAACCAGAGCCAACCAACGGACCACCCAGCCCAGCCCAGCUCACCAGAACAGAACCUCAACCAAUCAGCCAACCAACACCAACCUACCUACAGACUCCAGAAGAUCACCAUGAACCUUGUAGAUCUCCCCCCUCCCCCCACCACCACCACCUCAGUUCCAUCUCCCCUACAACCGUCCCACAGUCCCACUCAGCUCUACACCAUCUCAAACUGGAUCCUCCACCUCUUUACCAAGUAUACGGCCCUCUGGUGGUGACUGCCGAAAGGAGCCUGUUUAUUAAGUAUACUGCCCUCUGGUGGUGACUGCCGGUAUGAGCCUGUUUAUUAAGUAUACUGCCCUCUGGUGGUCACUGCCGGUAUGAGCAUGUUUAUUAAGUAUACUGCCCCCUGGUGGUCACUGCCGGUAUGAGCCUGUUUAUUAAGUAUACUGCCCUCUGGUGGUGACUUCCGGUAUGAGCCUGUUUAUUAAGUAUACUGCCCUCUGGUGGUCACUGCCGGUAUGAGCCUGUUUAUUAAGUAUACUGCCCUCUGGUGGUCACUGCCGGUAUGAGCCUGUUUAUUAAGUAUACUGCCCUCUGGUGGUCACUGCAGGCGUGAGCCACACACACAAACAUCCUGUAUAGAACUGUAAAUAGUGAAAUAGUAUGAGUUACAUUCUGGAAGACUCAACUGAAACAUGGUGGUAUUUAGAGUGUGUGUUUCCAAGGACUGAGGCUGUAUCUCAUUCUAGGCGACACACACACACACACACACACACACGCGCACACACACACACACACACACACACACACACACAGAGAGAGGCCUGUACACGUGUGUGUACCUCUCUCUACUCUACCUGCCUCUGUAAACAACCCUCCUGCCAUCUAAUCUACCAAGCCACUAGGACACAGAAUCUGACUGCAAAACGGCCCCUGCACUCUGCAAAACGGCCCCUGCACUCUGCAAAACGGCCCCUGCACUCUGCAAAACGGCCCCUUGCACUAUGCAAAACGGCCCCUUGCACUCUGCAAAACGGCCCCCUGCACUCUGCAAAACGGCCCCCUGCACUCUGCAAAACGGCCCCCUGCACUCUGCAAAACGGCCCCCUGCACUCUGCAAAACGGCCCCUUGCACUCUGCAAAACGGUCCCCUACACUCUGCAAAACGCUCCAACAUUCCUGUAACAUCUGGUGUUUUAAACUUCACUGCAAAAGGGCUGUUGUGCAGACAGACCAUGUGGCCUGAAGCUGAAUCAGAAAGCCAUGUUGUGGAGUAACCACUCUCUGUAGAUAGAUUUAGCUACCACUGUACAGCGGUGACGUGUUAGCAUUUAGCCUGUGUUAAGAGCCACGUUAACUAACUACAUGUAUGACUACAACUUGAAAUCGUGAGCUCUCUCUUGAGUGUGUUCAUGUGUUCUGUGUGUGUUUGCGUGCGUCUAACGCACAUGUAAAUAUGAGUCCAGGACCGAACGGAACAUGGUGGAAUUCCAAACAUUCUGAAAUCAGAUUCCGAUUCCAGAUUCCCAGAGGAAGAGUUUGCGUUCCCAAACUAACUCUGGGACUCAAUGAAAAGACGAAAGGAUAUGGGAGAGCUCACCUGUGGGCUCAUAACUCUGUAUAAUUAGGGGUGUGACAUCUCCUUAACUGAAAGACAUGUGAGAGCUCACCUGUAGGCUCAUAACUCUGUAUAAUGAGGGAUGUGAACUCUCCUAAACUGAAGGACAUGGGAGAGCUCACCUGUGGGUUAACAACUCUGUAUAAUGAGGGAUGUGAACUCUCCUAAACUGAAGGAUAUGGGAGAGCUCACCUGUGGGUUAACAACUCUGUAUAAUGAGGGAUGUGAACUCUCCUAAACUGAAGGACAUGGGAGAGCUCACCUGUGGGUUAACAACUCUGUAUAAUGAGGGAUGUGAACUCUCCUAAACUGAAGGACAUGGGAGAGCUCACCUGUGGGUUAACAACUCUGUAUAAUGAGGGAUGCUGAACUCUCCUAAACUGAAGGACAUGGGGGAGCUCACCUCUGGGUUAACAACUCUGUAUAAUGAGGGAUGUGAACUCUCCUAAACUGAAAGACAUGGGAGAGCUCACCUGUGGGUUAACAACUCUGUAUAAUGAGGGAUGUGAACUCUCCUAAACUGAAGGACAUGGGAGAGCUCACCUGUGGGUUAACAACUCUGUAUAAUGAGGGAUGUGACCUCUCCUAAACUGAAGGACAUGGGAGAGCUCACCUGUGGGCUCAUAACUCUGUAUAAUGAGGGAUGCUAAACUCUCCUAAACUGAAGGACAUGGGAGAGCUCACCUGUGAGUUAACAACUCUGUAUAAUGAGGGAUGUGAACUCUCCUAAACUAAAGGACAUGGGAGAGCUGACCUGUGCCAAAAUAACUGAAUAAUGAGGGAUGUGAACUCUCCUAAACUGAAGGACAUGGGAGAGCUCACCUGUGGGUUAAUAACUCUGUAUAAUGAGGGAUGUGAACUCUCCUAAACUGAAGGACAUGGGAGAGCUCACCUGUGGGUUAACAACUCUGUAUAAUGAGGGAUGUGAACUCUCCUAAACUGAAGGACAUGGGAGAGCUCACCUGUGAGUUAACAACUCUGUAUAAUGAGGGAUGUGAACUCUCCUAAACUAAAGGACAUGGGAGAGCUCACCUGUGCCAAAAUAACUGAAUAAUGAGGGAUGUGAACUCUCCUAAACUGAAGGACAUGGGAGAGCUCACCUGUGAGUUAACAACUCUGUAUAAUGAGGGAUGUGACCUCUCCUAAACUGAAGGACAUGGGGGAGCUCACCUGUGGGUUAACAACUGUAUAAUGAGGGAUGUGACCUCUCCUAAACUGAAGGACAUGGGAGAGCUCACCUGUGGGCUCACAACUCUGUAUAAUGAGGGAUGUGAACUCUCCUAAACUGAAGGACAUGGGAGAGCUCACCUGUGGGUUAACAACUCUGUAUAAUGAGGGAUGUGACCUCUCCUAAACUGAAGGACAUGGGAGAGCUCACCUGUGGGUUAACAACUCUGUAUAAUGAGGGAUGUGAACUCUCCUAAACUGAAGGACAUGGGAGAGCUCACCUGUGAGUUAACAACUCUGUAUAAUGAGGGGUGUGAACUCUCCUAAACUGAAGGACAUGGGAGAGCUCACCUGUGCCAAAAUAACUGAAUAAUGAGGGAUGCUGAACUCUUUAUCCCGUCAUUCCUUUUUUUAGUUCCUUAAUUCUCAAAAAGGAAAAUAAAUCCUGGAUAAUGUUGGAUCAUACGGUGAAAGACAGAGAAAGACUCUUAAAAUAAAAUGUGUUUUUAAUUUAGUUUAAAAUAAAAUGUGUUUUUAAUUUAGUUUAAAAAAAUGUAACUUGAUAAUGAAGAAUUGGGGUGCUGUGACCAACUUUCUCUUUACAUAAAUAAACGUUUACUUCAUUUUUUAUUAUUUCAUCAAACAGGGAUCUUCUUUAACGACCUGACUAAAGGUCACGAUGAGGUUAGAGGUCGCAACCUUUCUCAAAACAGGACGUUUUUUCUUCUUCUUCUUCUUCUUCUCAGAAGCACAAACGAUCUUCGCGGUAACUAUGGGAGACGGAAAAGAAGAACACCCACACGUUGACGUAACGUGUGUGCGUUGUGGGAACGCUUAGAGCCUCGUGGAACAUGCCUGAUCUCGCGACUUGUUCCGUUUCACGGUGAAGUGAAAGGAAACCUCUCCUUAACCUAGGUUAGGGGCCAACCAUAGAGUAAGAUAGAGUACCUAGUAAAGUAUCUAACUCUAUGGGGCUGCCAGUAGUUUAUCUCUAGGGGCCAACCAUAGUUAGACAGAGGACUCUCUAAAGACCCUCUUACCUUACUAGGUACUCUAACUCUAUGGGGCUGCCAGUAGUUUAUCUCUAGGGGCCGGCCAUAGAGUAAGAUAGAGGACUUUAAAGUUCACUCUUACUUUACUAGGUACUCUAUCUAGCUCUAUGAGGCUGCCAGUAGUUUAUCUCUAGGGGCCGACCAUAGAGUAAAAUAGAGGACUCUAAAGUUCACUCUUACUUUACUAGGUACUCUAUCUAACUCUAUGGGUCUGCCAGUCGUUCUCUCUCUCGCUACUAUGUGCCGUGAAGUGUAUGAUGAUAAUAGUCUAGCUGUAAUCUCUCUCAUCACUCUUGUGUGUGAUGGCUCGUCCAGUGUAGUCUUGGUAUUGCUCUCUUCUCUCCCGUGUGUGCUGUCUGUCUGUACGUACAGUACAGUGGUCUGUGUGUGCUGUCUGUCUGUACGUACAGUACAGUGGUUUGUGUUGCCAGCAAAUUAAGGGUCGUUAUUAUUAUCCAAUCUUCAUCUAAGAAACACACACUAACGUUCAUUGCAGACCCACACAUUGUAGACACAGACAGUAUUCUUUAUAUCUAGCCAUAGUCCUGUGAACUGUCUCACACACACCAUAGAACUACAGUACCCAUAACACCCUCACUCCUGUAAAUUUGACACUGGUUCGCAUUUGCAUCAUGGGAAAUGUAGUGUAUUAACUAGAGGGAUUUCCAGUUAAUGGGAGAAAGAGUCCAUAGGAAUGAUCGUUCAAACGAUCUUGAUUAACUCGCUCCGGGUAGAAGUUGCCUUUAACCACAGAUCUAGGAUCAAUUUACUCUCCCAUUAUCCUAAUCUUAUCCUAAUCUUAUCCUAAUCUUGUGUGUGUGUGUGUAUAUAAUUUACUGUGAAUGAAAGACCAGCGAGACAAUCGUAACUGGCGUGAUUCCACUCGUUCUUAAUGUUCUGUUUAUCACGUCACCAUGACAACGCUACCUAUACUACGGCGUUUUGCACGACGGGAGAGGACCGAAAAAAUAAAUAUAUAUAUAUAUAUAUAUACUGUUGGAAACUAAAGAUACCAAUGGCCUUUUCUUAAACUUGUAACAAUCUAACAAUUCUUCAUAUCACACGUUUUAAUUUGUCUGUCUUCUAAAAAAAAAAAUGAAUCAUAAAAAAAAAAAACUAUAGCUAGCUCAUUUUGUAGGGUAAUAAUUAUUAUUAUUAUGGUAAGAGCACCAUUUGUUUUCUGUUUUUCUUUAUAAUAAUGCUGAAUGACUGUCUUGAAUUGCAUUUUUAUUUUUUAUAAAACCGUACUGUAGACUUGUUACAUUUUUUUGGUUGUUGUUUUUAUGUACCUGGCUACAACAACGGUUUACUAAGAUGAUAAUACUGUCUGUUCUCAACUGUGGUGGUGACAUUAUUGAGCCUGGAAUCCAUGUUUUAAAAACAGAAUUAAAACAACUUUAACUGACUCAGAA